GGUGCCGUAAAAUGCCGUGAGGCGCGGCCGGCGGGGCCUGAGGGACAGAGCCCGGGCCGGUCCCGCUCCAUAUGCCCCGAACCGCUCCGAACCGCUCCAUGUGGGGCCGCUCCUCGCCCGCAGCCGCUGCCGCAGCCUCAUCCUUCUACUAUGGCCCGGAAAACAGUUAGCAGGAAGCGGAAAGCGGCGGCAGCCGCCGCCGCGGGGCCUGGGGGGCUCCAGGGGGAGCAGUAUGUGUGGGAUCACUCGGUGCACAAAAGGAAAAGGCUCCCCCCGGUGAAGAGGUCCCUGGUGUACUACCUGAAAGGGAGGGAGCUCCGGAUGCAGAAUGAAUCCAGCUACCACCGCCUGUUGCACGGAUACGCAGCCCAGCAGCUCCCCAGCCUCCUGAAGGAGAGAGAAUUCCACCUCGGAACCCUCAAUAAAGUGUUUGCCUCCCAGUGGCUGAACCACCGGCAAGUGGUGUGCGGGACGAAAUGCAACACGUUAUUUGUAGUAGAUGUCCAGACUGGUCAAAUUACCAAGAUUCCUAUUCUGAAGGAUCGUGAACCGGGCAUGGUGAACCAGCAGGGAUGUGGCAUUCAUGCCAUCGAGCUCAACCCCUCGAGGACCCUCCUGGCCACAGGUGGAGACAACCCCAACAGUCUUGCAAUUUAUCGCCUGCCUACACUCGAUCCUGUCUGUGUGGGAGAUGAUGGACAUAAGGACUGGAUAUUUUCAAUUGCAUGGAUCAGUGAUACUAUGGCUGUUUCUGGUUCCCGGGAUGGUUCAAUGGGUCUCUGGGAAGUCACAGAGGAUGUGUUGUCCAAAAGUGAUGCCAGGCAUAACCUCUCUCAAGUUCCUGUCUAUGCCCACAUAACACACAGUGCUCUGAAGGACAUCCCCAAGGAGAACACCAACCCUGAUAACUGCAAAGUCCGAGCAUUGGCCUUCAACAAUAAGAACAAGGAGCUGGGAGCAGUGUCCCUGGAUGGGUAUUUUCAUCUUUGGAAGGCAGAGCUCACACUAUCAAAGUUACUUUCCACAAAGUUGCCAUACUGCAGGGAGAACGUGUGUUUGGCUUAUGGUCAGGAGUGGUCAGUGUAUGCAGUAGGAUCACAGGCACACGUCUCCUUCCUGGACCCAAGGCAGCCUUCCCACAAUGUUAAAUCCGUCUGUUCCAAAGAACGAGGCAGUGGUAUCCGGUCGGUGAGCUUCUAUGAGCACAUCAUCACCGUGGGAACUGGGCAAGGUUCCCUGUUGUUCUACGAUAUCAGAGCCCAGAGGUUCCUGGAUGAAAAGCCCCCCCAUGCCUGCUAUGGCCCGAAGCAAAAAUUAGGAGGAGGUGAAAUUUUGAAGUUGACAACUGGGAAAGGCUGGCUGAACCAUGAUGAAACCUGGAGGAAUUAUUUUUCUGAUAUAAAUUACUUCCCAAAUGCUGUUUACACCCACUGCUACGACUCGUCUGGAACGAAACUCUUUGUGGCAGGAGGCCCCCUUCCAUCAGGACUUCAUGGGAAUUACGCUGGUCUCUGGAGCUAAUGAUAACUCUUCAUAAAUGCUGAUCUUUACACAGAUUUCCACUUUUCUUUUCCUUUUUUAACAACAAAAUUGUGUGAUGCCAUUGAUUCCUGAUUUAAGCGCAAGUUAUUUUUUGGCAGAGUUUUCUGUUGGUCUCCAACAGUUUUUGUACAUCUUUUUGAACCAGUUUUUUGCUUUAACCUCCUUGAUCCUUUAUAUGAAGGGGUUUUGAAAUCCUUUUUUAUUGUAUUUACUCCAAAUGACUCUCCCCCCCAUUUAGGCUGUCUUGGCCAUGUGCCCCCUCCCCUACUUUGCUGUGAGGUGGGAUUCCUUUCUUAUAGAGUGGUUGCUCCUGGGCUUUCUGUGAAAGUCUUGGGGCUGCAUGUGUGCAGGUACUUUGUGUCAGUUACAUUACCUGGAGUGAGGACUACUUGUAAUUAAAAAAUAUUAAAAGUAUUUAUAAGAGAUAAGCUACUACUUUAUCUGCAGAGCCUGGCCCUGGCCUGGGUUGAUCUUAUUUUUAAAAGUACAAGUCUAAUGACACUGUUUUUACAUAGAGGGAUUAUGGUUAUUUUAGGCUCUGCUCACUGGAGCCCAGGCACAGAUUCCCCCAGGGUAUUGCCCAUCAAGUCCAAAGUGCAGGAGUUCUAAAAAGUGCAUUUGUAUUUGAAUGGUAGUUUUCAGCAGUGCCAGGAGUAAAAAUUGAUCUUUUGUUUCUUCACUGCCCAUCCCAGGUACCAACUUUUGCACAGGUGGAGUUUGCAAAGGCUGUUCUGCAGCAUGGCUGUUGCAGGGUGACAUUACAUUGAGGGCUGCAGAGGUGCUGAGGGGAAAUGGGGGCUGGUUAUUCAAUAUGAACUAAAUCUUAUCUGUUUUCCAGAUGAGCCAUGGUUUCUCAGUAUGCUGUCGGGGUAGCUCAUGAGAUUUUCCUAAACUGCCUAAAACCCAGGACCUUUUUUAUGCUGGGUUCUGGAAAUUUUUCCCAUUUUUGCUGUUCUGGUUGGCCAUCUCCUCUAAUAAGCCAAUGGAAUAAAUAAACUAUUUUUUUUUCUAUGAGAUUAAAGAGUGCAUCUUGGACUUAACUAAUGCAAGUGAGAAGCUUUCCAUAUAGGAGGAUAGCUCGGUGUCAGCUCACGUUGUGCCACAUAUGCUGUAGGAGAGACUCAGACUUUCCCCAAAUCCCCUGCUUCCUUCUGCUUCCAGGCUCCUGUGAACUUCACCGGGGACUGGGAGGGGAGAACAGGUGCAGUGCCCUUCAGGUCCAGCUAUGAAGCAUGUGCAUCCCAGGGUGGUGGUCUUACUGCAUACCCAGCUAAAAUGCAGGUCUCCAGGUGCUCCUCCUUUUGGCAGGCACCAAACUCUCAGCUUGUUACUGAUGCCUCUCUCUUCUGCUGGGAUGAAUGCCUUUCCCCUGACACUAGUGGAGCAAAGUGUGCCUGGACCUCACUGCUUUGGUGACAAAGACGGAGUUGGUUGAAGCUGAGGAAGAAGACGAGGCUGGGACACGCUCUGCUCUCCUGUCUCUGUGGAGAUCACAGCUACUGCUGCGGUUCCUGCUGACAGCCCAGAGCGAGUCUGUACCUGCCUUUGCAGUCCCUCUUGUCUUCAUACUCAGUGUCUUCUUCAACAAUUCCAAGCAGUGAGCCUCAGGCUUAAUUUGCAGUUGGCAAGGAGACCUGCAUGGAAAUCCUCCAAAGAAUGCAGUUCCCUCCUGUCCGAGUGGAAAUCCUGGCAAGAGAAGAGCUCUCUCCCAGAUGUGCACCUGUCCCAGAAGUAUAAUUUGCACUGAGCACUGACACAGGUGCUUCACAAACACAUCAUCUUCCAGUGUUUUAUAAUUGUACUUCCCUUGUGGGCUGCUUAAACUGCAGCAGUCCACGAUGCUGUGUGUACAGCUAGCCAGGUUUUUCUCUGAAAAGGGCAAAUUUUAUACCAUGGGGUAGUGAAGAGUUAGGGUUGCACAUUUUAUUUAGAGUUGUUCAUCGUUUCAUUUUAAAGAUGUCAUAAUGGUGCCUGUGUUGUUCUUUGACAGCAAGUUACUGCUUUGCAUAUUUUUUGAUUUAGAAAAGUGGGAGUAUACAAAGAAAAACAAGUCUUGGUCAAGUAUGGCAGGAUUUGUAUUUCUUGGAUUACUCCUGCAGCUACUGUGUAAGAUCACUCUGUCACAGGGCACAUGUUCUGCUGUUUUUAUUCGACCUUGGUUUGAAGUUUGUUUUGUUUUGUUUUUCUGAAGAAGCUAGACAGUUGAGUCUACUUGAGCAUUCUCCAGAAAACAACAGCAGAUAAUAGAUAGGCACUUUGUGUCUGCAGUGCCAGAGGACAACUCCUGGUCUGGAAAUUCUAGCCUUGAUGUUGAUCUAUUGAUUGAAGCAUAUGCCAGGUCAUGAUGAGGGGGGGAAAAAGGGUAUUUGAAUGGACAGAGCUUCAGCCUUCAAACAUGGAGGCUGCUUUUUCUGCAGUCUCUAAGUUACUGAAGAGGCGCCACUGGAAAUUGUCAGUCCUUGCUGACUCUGAUCUCCACAAGUACCUCGAUAGGUGGUCUUAAAGCCUGGUAUUGUGAGUGCUCUCUUCCUCCUUUUUUUUUCUACGUGGGAAGCCCUGGACAAUUCUCAGACAGAUCUGGACAAUGAUGUAAAAUUCCUGUAGUCUCACAUGCUUCUGCUUUCAGGGUGCUUUCUUGCAAAGGUAAUUUCUCGUGGGAAGGGAGCCAUCUUUGUUGCUGUAUGAAUACCCCCCAAAAAGGGAAACAAAGUAGGUAGUGCUGGAAGCACACAAGCAAAUUGGGCCUGACAAAACUUAAUUUCUAGCCUGUUUCAGUGGUUUUAAAUGCUUGUAGCAAUACAGUUGUUGAGUUUCAGAAUAUUUUGUGGUUGGUCACAUAUUUUGUUCCAAUCAGUGUUAGAAAUUGAGGCAGAGAAAAGCGAUGUACUCAAGACCUUCAAUUUGCUUAAACUGGGUAGAAGUUGGAGGCUGGGUCAGACUUGGGAACUGGGCAAUUGUCCUUGUAUUUCUUUGACUGAUGGGAUUACACAGUAACAAUCUGUUCCUUGGAGGGAAGACACUCUGGUUUAUCUCACUUGAAGGAAAGAAAAGAACUUAAAUCAUAACAUGCCUUCAAACCUGCUGCUGCUCAGCUUUUUUCAAUAGACUACCAUGUUAAUUUGGGUAUCUUUGGGUAUUGUAUUUUCAGUAUUCAUAAUAACAGGUAAUCAAACCAGUGACUAAAUUAUGGGUUUGGUAAUACCUGGCUUGUGAGCACUGGCUAGCAACUUCUCAGUAAUAGCUGGGUGUUAUGUGAUGGGACAUUCCUGAGGAAUCAGAAGCUGCAAUAAGGGUGGUGCUCUCCCUCUUCACCAAACACCUUAUUCCUGUAAUUCCUCCAGCUUUCUCCCUUGUACAGUCAAGUCUGGUAGGGAGAACUGCUGGUGCUCUCCUCUGGCACUUUCUGGGAUUGCAGUAAAGAAGUGAGUUCAUUUAUUUGGUUCCCUCAUCACAGCGCUGCUGGUGUGUUAGCUCAAGGUGAAUAAAUUACCAAAGAAUAGUUAGUAGGUGUUUGUUCCUAGUCUCAGUUGUUAACUUUUCUCAUAGAUCCAUUUUUAAGGUCAUUGGUAGACUGCCCAGUGGUCCUUCUGAACGUAGUCAGUCCACAUCACACUUUGGAUGGCUCUUGUGACUCUCUUCAUGAGGGGAGCUCCUGAACUGCAUUGUAGGGUUUAUAUUUGCUGCCUCCAUUUCAGGUCUUUGGCAGCUUUUUAUCUCAAGGAUUAAGAUAGUUCUCCUCCAGAAUUUCAUCCUCUUCCUUCACCAGAGUGCUUGCUUUGUAUAUAGCUUGCAGCUGCAGAGUUAACAGAUUAAAAGUUAUGAUCCACCUAUGUCGAGUGGUGCUUUGGUGUCUUAAUUUCUGCCCCUCGGUUGAGGCACUUACAGACCUUGUGAAGUGUUGUCCCUCACCUGGUGCAGGUGUGAAACAAAGCAGGCUUGAAGGUGACCCCUUCACAGAGGUCACUUGUUUGCUUUGUUUGCAAGAAACCAAGAACAGGUGGGCUGUCAGUUGCAUCUUGGAAAAGUAGCCAGGUGGGAGCUCUGAGGUCUGUUUGUGGUGGUCUGAUACCCUUAUUUUCCAUAAACCCAGUUUUCCAAGGUGUCUGAUAUGUUCUUAAUUCUUUUUCAGUUGCUGCUAUGACUGAAAUACUGGACUGGGGUACAGCUUGUUCUUAAGGAACACUUGCAGAGCUGUGUGGGAUGCAGGUGGAGCUGAUCCUCUGGCCAGCCUGUGCUGAGCCCGACUCCUGUCCGUGCCAGGCACACACUUUCUACCUUAAAGCCAAGUGAAAAUCCCUGUGUGCCCCACUGGCCAUCCCACAGUCUGAGCCUGUGGUGUGACCUCAACUUAAAAUGCCUUUCUGACUGUUGCAGUGCCCUCAGUAGCUUAUUUGAAAGUCUCUGAAGCACAGGCACCCGGAACAAGGUAGAGUGGAAAGGAGAAUACAGCCACAUCUUGUGUGAAGGAAUCUCUGCCUGCGCGUGCUCUCCUUUGCCCCUCCAGGUGAGCACUUUGUGUGGUGAGGAUGGGCAAGGGGCACCAGAGAAGCAGUGAAAGGCAAACUUUGAUAUGGCUUCUGGGACUCCACAGGAAUUAAAAAACAUAGAGGGGAUACCUGAAAGGGGUGAAUCAGAAACAUCUUCAGAGAGAUCAAAUAUAUAUCCCUGUCAUUCUUGUUUCAGUGAUAAAAUUAGGAUGUAUCUUUUUGCUUGUGACUGCUGUGUUUCUUUAGGAAAACCAUAUGGUACUUGGCUAAUUAAAAGAAUGCUCUUGCAGAAAGGAAUCUUCCCAUUUCAUAACAGCCUUUUCCACUGGUAUCCUGCUGGGAGCGGUAUAGUCUAAGAAAGUGCACACAGAUUUGAAACAGGGUGCCAGAGUUGGCAGAGUUGGGAAAAUGUGGGCUGCCUGACUGUUUGUGUUCCCAAAAAAAAAACCACCAACACUUGAUUGUAUACAAAUUGCGGUCGUUGGACUGAAACUGAGAGGGUGUAUACAAACCCUUGCAACACAGUGCAAUGUCUCCAGUCCUAGAUGUUGGUUCUUUUGCCUUCAGAACAAAAAUCUAGGGGUCAAUACAUUGAUUUCUUAGGAACUGCUUUUCUAGAUUCCCUUACUAAAAGGGAAAAUUCAGGUGCUGAAUUCUUAUCUCAUUAAACUUGUACUUUUUAUUUGCCCAUCUACCUGGUCUCUCUUCAUUUCCAAGGCCUCCCACAGUCUCAGGGUAUAUAAAUCACUAUAACUCAUCCAAAUAGUAUCUAAACGGACCAACCAGAGGUUAAUGUGCCUUCCUCUUCUGGUACCUUGAUCUUUGUGAAGUUAUCUCACAAACUUUUCCCUGUCCUAGGGCUGGGUACAUGCAUUGUCUUUUUCUAAGAUGUGUGUGUUGAAAUUGCAACAGGUUUGUACUGUUACUUGUGACUUGUUCCAUUUGUCUUAGGAUGUGUAGACACAAAUCAAUGCACUGGUUGGUCUCAUAUCAGUCUUACCAGUGACAUCUGUCAGUGCUUGCUUGUGUGUUCAUGUGUACACUGGUGCUGGAUCUUCCUCACUGCCUGUGGUGCAUAUGAUGCACAAAAUACACAAGGUGUUUUAACUUGUUGCCUGAGGGUUGGAUUUUGUAAAGUGAACUGUUUUUAAUGUUUGGGGUUUUUUUUCCCAAAUAUAUUUAAUAAGAUCCAAAGCCUUGAGGGGAGGAAAAAAAAAAAUCAAGACUUGCUGAUACUUGCUGGCUUUUGUUCUGAAACCAGGGUCUGAUGUUUAACAACUCCUGCAAGUCAACCCAUCUAACAGAGCCUUUCUCAGCUUGUUUCUGUAUUGAGCUGUGUCAGAAAUGGCACUGGAUCCUAAACUAUCACAGAAGCUGUCAAGUGCAGUAGUAACAGCUCUCUUCAAAAUUACAGUGCACAUUUUUAACUCUAAGAUGAAACUUAGAAGUUAUGACGCAGCUUGCAAAUGGAACAGUGGGAAAUUGCAGAUAGCCUGUGCAACCAACCUGUCUGCACAUCGGGUCUAGUGUUCUGUUACUUUGCAAAUUGUUUCUUCUCUCUGAAAAGUGAUUUUUUUUUUAUUUUUUUUUUUGAUAGAAAGACAUUACACUUUUGGCUUACUUUUCUAAGAGUAUCUUUGUUAAAAGCCUCAAACCAACAUCUGGAAUUUGGGCUGAGUUUCCAUGUCUUAUGCAGAUGGUGCAGUUGAUACAUGAUGUCUCAUAAAAGCAUGGAAACAGGAACACAUCCUCACUGUGGCCUUCCAUGGGCAUGCCUAUGCAUAAUUAACUGAAUUACAGUACUGCACUCUUGAUACGUGAGGAUACCUUUCUAUUUAGAAUCAGCACGAUUAGUCAUUGAUGCAUUGACAUUAAUACAGGGUCAUGGAGCUCCAAGGUAUGCGUAUUUCCUGUGCUGACUGCAUCUGUUCUCUCUGUAACCCAGAGCAGACUUACUCUGGAGUUCUCUUUUUACCUCUUGCUAACUUCAGAGUUCCUUUAAAUUGUUUUUAUGACAGUAACUUUUCAGAGUAGAACAAAUGGAUUUAACUUUGUUUUCUAUUUUAAGCAUCUUCCUCUCCUCCCAUUUUUCCCUAGUUCACCUGUAACAAUCUGUUCAAAGCUGUCUGCCUACUCUGAAAAUUAUCAAGUCCAAAAUAAAAAGAAAACCUAUAACCCAAUGUGGAAGGAUCACUGUGUGCUUUUACCAUAAACUUUUGCAGCUGGCUGCCUGCCUUGCAAGUGGAGACUCCACCGCUGCACAGGCUGCAGAAGCUGAAAUUCUCUUGCAUCCAUAUAGUUCGGUGGAUCGGGAAGUGGAGGUGCCCUGCAUUGGCCCCCAAGUGAGUUUAUCAGACUGAUCUGUGGUGGUUUAGCCAGAGAACUGGCACCUUUGGCUGCUACUCAAAGAACUAAAGGUUUCAGUGAGGGUAAAGCCAGGAGGGUGAAUUGCUGACUUGAUCCCAUUUAAAGGCUUUCUCCACAGAUUUUUGGCUUUUUGUCUUUUGCAUAGUUGGUGGAUUAAAAAAGAGUAGGGAUAUCAGCUAAACAAUAACCCUGUGCUCAAAGUUAUUCUAAUGAACUUUGGCCAGCAGUAAUGACAAAGGCUGGCUACACUCAAGAGGUGAGCUGGCAAUGGACUGUUUGAAGGGUAGGCCUUGAGGGUUUGCUCUGUGCCUUAGAUCACUGCAGAUCAGUUGCUCCCAGAGCUUUCGAAACUCAUGUUCAUCCCUCUUGAUGUGAGGAGUGAAGAUGGCAUGGGGAAGAACCUGUUCUCCCAGUGGUCACUCAGUCUUCCCCUCAACACUCAAGUUUACCAGUGCACUUGUCUCUUUGUUUUCAUGACUGACUGUGACUAAUGUGCUUUACAGCUGCCACCAGCCACCUCCAUAUGCUUUGUGCUGGGAUGAUGGAGUGGAAGGGCCUUGUCUGCGUCAUCUUCCAUCUGGCUGGUUGUUGACAGUGCAGGGUUGUAACAGGCCGGCUGGGAUUUACGGCUUCAGCUGGUUGCUCUGGGCAUCUUUCACAGUGUAAUAGUGGGGCUAUUAUGAAAAGGACUGGAUAAGUAACUUCUGGUGGGCUCUGUCAGUGUUGUUCAAAAUGCUGUCUCCAGUCUUGGCCUGUCAUCCCAGACUCGCUCGCAUCUUGCCACACUCUGCUGCUUGGGACUUGAGCAAGUUCCCUGUCCUCUCAUGGUUCACUAGUUCAGGUACCAGUUCUGCAAAGCCUGGGGGCACCUGUUAGAGCCCUGCUACAGUCUGAAACUUCUACACUUGCUUAGGCUCACUGAACUGGGACCUUGCUCACAAUCUCCCUAUUUAUUUUACUUAGCCCUAGAUAUCUUCUUGGACUUCCAUUCCCCUUUCAGUCUGAAAGGGUUUGCUUCAAGGUCAUUCGUGGGCCAUGAAGGAGUUGAUUCCUGUACUGCUGGUUAUUGCAAUUUGGUGGCUUUUAUUUUUCUUGUUUUUAUUCUUGAGUUCACUGCAAAUGUACAAAACUAUUCUGAAAAAACCUUCCUCAACUCCUGAACGUAGUACAGGGGCCAACCUGUGAGGCAUCAGAAUUAUUUUUCUACUCCCAAAAUGCACAGAAACAAGGGUCUCUUAGACAAGUUUUAAGAAGGAAAAGCAGCUGCAUACACAUAAGUAGAAAGGUAUCUCUGGGUAGAAUAGGUGAGGGAGCAGUUUAAGAAUUUUAAGUAUAAGAACUGCAAUUGAUUUGGGUUUUGUUUCUUUUGUAAAAAUUCCUUUAACAGGAGAUUAGGUGGUGUUUUAAUCCAGAGAAAGCUGCAAUGUAAACUGAGUUGUUUUUUUCAUCAAUGCAAAAUGUGCCUCUUAAGUAGAAUGCGAAGUCAGUCUCUCAUUCUCUGUUUGCAGGGAUAGAAAUUUAACUGAAGACUGAUUUAAUGUGUUUCUUGCUCUUAUGUGUAAUCCUCCAUACAACAGUCCUUGCUGGUCUUUCCCAAGCACUAUUCAGCACUAUCCCUAUUUGAAAGCAAAAUAGGUGUUGUGUUGAGCAGUGUAACCUGAUAAACUUCCUUGGUUUGAGAGAGACACUGGAGAGAAGAGUCCAGGUUCCAUGUGUUUUAAUACAACUUUAAAGCAGUGCAGCUAUUCUCUCAGACCAGCACCGCUUCCUGCCUUUCCCUCCAUUUAGAUGGGAAUUUAAAAGUAAACCGAGCAAUACCUGAUCCAGUUGAUGUGCUUGCAGGUGGAACAUGGACUUUCUGUUAAAUUUGAAGACUGAGAUUUCUCUUGUGGAAGAACUUGUCCUGGGUGUAAGAGCUUGGAUCUCAGAUUACAGCUCUUCUGCCAGUUUGUUACAUGCACUUAAGUAUUCUGGACUCUUCUGAAGAGGAUUGUGGAAAAGCUGUGAAGGUGUAGACUGGAACUGAUAAUUUUAGGUCAUCUGUGUGUUGCUUGACUACAUGGACAAUAUAACAGUGAUUUUUUUUUUUUCCAUGUGUCAGUCACAAAUAAUUCUUAAUUUGCUGUUUGGAGGAAAACUGUUAAUAGAUAAGUUUCCAGAUCAAAUUAUGAGCCUAAUUUUCCCUCUUGCAUAACCGGGUUACUGUGUUCACAUGCCAGAAAGAUGUUGCUCUUUGAAAAAGCAUGUUAGUGUAUGUGGCAAUGCCCCAUGCACUUUUUAAAUACCUAGGUCUGUACAUUCUCAUCUGAGUAUCGUUAACCACGCUGUAGUCUGAAAAAUGGAUCUUUUACUACUGCCCUGUUAUAUAGAUAAUUGUAAUUCACUGCAGUUUGUUUUUUUCCACUUCUUGAAGUUGCGUGAUCUGAAAAUUGGUGAACAGAAAGUAUUUGUGCAUCUUACUAUGGGUAUCUCUAAAUAAAAUGUAUUUGUAUAGUG